AUGUUAGAAGACAAUAAACUUUCCAGGCUUCCCACAGAGACCAUGUAUCUUAUUAUGGAACAAUUAAAUAGGGAUGACCGAAAAAAUCUUUCUAAAACUUGUCGAUGGCUAUAUCGCAUGACAAAUAAAUUUCGUUUCGGAUUUGUGUCACCUGAAUGGGAGGCAGUAAAUGUUUCUGGAAUCGAUAACAGUAACAUUAUCGCUUCUAAUUACCGAGAUGGUGUAUGGUCUGAUAAUACAUUCUAUCUAGUGAUCUUUUACAGUGAUAGACCAAUUUGUUGGUCUCUUAAUUUGGCCGAUCAUCCGAUCAGGUGGAAUAACAAAGAGAUAGACCUUGAAUCACCUGAUCAAUAUGAACCAGUUCGGUAUAGUGCCGCAGCGAUAGUUACAAACACAACAACCACAAAAAUAUAUAUAUUUGGUGGAGAAAAUAUAGAAACCGAAGAAUUAUCUAAUGUGCUCUACGAAUUAGACCUUAAAACUUCUAAAAUGAUUAAGAUAGAAUCUUCAGCAACCCCCGCUCCCAGAAAGAUGCAUUCACUCAAUGCUAUCAGUAAUGAACGUUUGGCAAUGUUUGGCGGACGAUGUUUGAUGAAUGAAGGAGGAGAAAUGUAUGACACUCAACAUUUUGCCAUUUACGAUAUAGAAAAUAAAAGUUGGUCUUAUAUAGAAUCAAUGCCUUAUCGAC